AUGUCCUCUCUUCGAUACUACGACGAACCCGGCGCAGGCACCGAAAAUGGCCAGAAGUGCCACUACAGUCAGGCUGUUGUCAUCGGUAACAUCGUCAAGUGCUCGGGCCAAGGGGGUUGGACGAACGAUAACAAACUCGACGCCAACGAUCCCAUUGGCCAGGUGGAUCUUGCCUUCGAAAAUGUCGACCGUGUGCUUCAAGCUGCGGGUCUCGCAGGCUGGGAGGACGUCUACUUGUUACGGAGCUACCAUGUCGAUAUGGGGUCCACCUUUGAGCGUGUCGUCCAAAAAUUGAAGGAAAGACUUCCAGGACAUCGUCCUGUGUGGACUGCGAUUGCUGUGCCUCGGCUCGCUUUCGGACCGAUGCAAAUUGAGCUGGAGGUUGAGGCUGUGAUUUCCGAGACAAAGUGA